AUGCCCCCGACUCGGGCCCUGCUCGCCCUUGUGGCGGGCCUGGCCCUGCUGCGGCUGGCUGGGUGCCAUCAGGGGGCAGGCAGACACGACCUGGGAGGGACGGCGCAGAUGCCGGACCUGGCAGGGGAGCCGGGGGAGGGAGCCCCGCCCGAGCAGCCGCCGCCGCUGCCUGGAGGUCAGCCCGCCACGGGGCGGCUGGACGAAGGGGAGCUGGUGUGCGAGGAUGUGACAAAGCUGGACGCCGGCGACGACUUCUGCACAUUUGUGCGCAACCACUGCAAGGCGGAGAGCCUGGUCAACUGGCCGCAGCUGUACUACUGCCACGUGGCGCCGCACGGCGCGCUGCUGACCGCCGUCAUGCUGUUGGGCUGCACCGUGCUGCUGGGCCUGCUGUUCCGCAUCAUCGCGCGCGCAGCCGACGACUUCUUCUCCUGCAUCCUCUCCCAAAUCUCCCAAGACCUGGGCCUGCCGCCGCGGCUGGGCGGCGUCACGCUGCUGGCACUGGGCAAUGGAGCGCCCGACCUGUCGGCUUCCAUUGCCGCCGUCAAGACAGGCAACUACCAGCUCGCCAUGGGCGCCCUCACCGGGGCGGGCAUGUUUGUGGGGGGCGUGGUGGCGGGGCGCAUCAUCACGCUGAGCGGUGGGGUGAGGGCCCGCGGCGCCCAGCUGCGAGACAUCUCCACGCAGUUCAUAACGGUGGCGGUGGUGACGGGCAUCGUUGCCAGCGGCUGGUUCACGUACGGCGGCGUGGCUACCCUGCUGUCCAUCUAUGCCGGCUAUGUGGUGGUGGUGGCGGUGGCAGACUUCACCAAGCGGGCGGGGGUGGAGUGGGGAGAGGUGGCGCGCAAGGUGUCGCGCCGCAUGUCUGGAAGGUGGCGGGUGGAGAUGGUGGCGCCUCUGCUUCAAGAGGACCACGGCGCCGCAGCCGCCACAGGCCACGGCGCCCCGCCGCCCGGCCGCCUGGCAGCAGCCACGCGCCAGCAGCAGCAGCAGCAGGAGACGAUCCUAGAAGAGGGGCCGGCAGUCGAGGGCGAGGCGCUCGGCGCGGCCGGCACCAGGCUGCUGCCCUCGCCAGAGCUGGAUCUGGCGGCAGAGGCGGCUGGCAGCCUGCCCAGCGGGCGUCUGUCGCCGCUGUCCGAUGCGCCGGCGCCGGCGCCUGGCAGCAUGCCGCAGCUGGCAGCGGCUCUGUCGGCCCCGGCCGCGGCCGGCGCGCGCACCAGGUUUGCCAGCCUGCCCGACCUGCAAACCACGGCGGCGCGGCGGCAGCAGCAGGCAUCGUACUGGCACGCACAGCAGCAGCACCAGCAGCACCAGCAGCAACUCGCAGCUCACUACCCCCACCCCCACCACCCCCAUAGGCUGGCCCCCCCAGUGGCGCGCUUCCAGCCGCGUGUAGCCUACAGCGACCUAGUGCAGAUGCCUGCCAAGGAGUAUAGGCGGCGCGCGCUGGCAGAGAUGGCGCAGUCCACUUCCUUUUAUGUGCGGGACCAGCGCGACGUGGAUGAGGGGCCACCUGAGGCGGCCAGCCAGCAGCAGCGGCAGCAGCGGCAGGGGGAGGUGUGGGAGAAGUGCAGCGACAGCGAGUCGAGCGACGAAGAGGAGGAGGAAGAAAGGUCUUGGGAGGGCAGCCCCGGCGGCCGCAGGCGCAGCACUGCAGCGGAGUGGGACGCUGGCGGCGCCUACCAGCCUCCCGUGGUCGGUUUCAACGCCGCCAUGCUGGGCGCCCGGCCCCGCAGCACGGGCGACAUCGCGGCGGCGGCGGCAGCCGCGGUGGCAGAGGUGGCUGACUCAUUUGAAAUGGCCAUGACCACAGCAGACGCAGCGGCGGCAGCGGUGGCUCAGGUGGACGCCGAGGCGCGCGCAGCGGGCGGCGCCGCCGGCGGCUGCGGCCUGGCCGCCGACGAGUGGGAGACUGAGGUGCCGCCGGGGCGGGUGCGGCGCGUGCUGGAGGCGGUACAGUGGCCCGUACUGCUCCUGCUCCAGACCACCAUCCCUCUGGUGGAGGUCAACAGCUACCAGCGCAGCUGGUUCCUGCGCAGCAUGGCCGCCUCCCCGCUCUUCAUCUGCGCCUACCUCCGCCUCUUCCACUGGUACGCCCUGCUGGCGGCGGCGGGGGUGGGCGCCAGCCUGGCAGCGGCGGCCCACCUGGGCACGCAGCGGCUGCAGGGCAAGGCCCCCGUGUGGACGUGCGGCACGAGCUACCCCAUAGGUGCGCCGCGCCGCCUGCCGCUGGCCUCCCGCUUUGCCUGCUUCGGCCGCGAGGAAACGACCACCAAGUGGAGCUGCGGCCUGCGGGCUCAGCUGUGCGCCGCCCUGGUGGCCGUCUACGGCUUUGCGGUGGCCGCCAUGUGGAUCUCCCUGUUCGCCUCAGAGAUCGUGGGCCUCCUCCAGUUCUUCGGCAUGCUCAGGUGCGGCUCAGUUCAGGAGGGCAAGCUGGACCCCGCGGUGCUGGGCGUGACGCUGCUGGCGUGGGGGAACAGCCUGAUGGACUACAUGAACAACACCGCCAUGGCGGGGCGCAGCCGCGGCGGCAAUUCCAUGGCCAUGACCGCCUGCUUCGCGGGGCCGCUGUUCAACAUGCUGGUGGGGCUGGGCCUGGGCUUCUGGGCGCUGCUGGGGGAGAGCGGCGCGGCGGCCACGCAGGUGGAGAUGGAUCCCGUCGUGCUGGUGGGCUGCGUCUUCAUCCUGGUGAACUGCGCCUGCCUGGUGGGCAUCAGCCUCGCCCACCGCCAGUACCUGCCCGCCUGGUGCGGGUGGGGCAUGGUGGGGCUGUACUGCCUGUACCUGACCGUCGUGCUGGCGGUCAUGACCCUAACGUAG